UACGGCACAGCGUGUCCACGGCGCUUCCGUUUUCCACAACGUCUCACUCGCUGACCAGCUGAAAGCAGCAGGCGGAGAGAAAGAGUGCAAGAGAGAGAGAGAGAGAGAGAGAGAGAGAAACGAGGAAGGCGGUGACAGCAGUGGCCUCCUAGACGGGAUGGUAUUCCUUAGCCCAUGGUAUCGGCUAAAGCAGGCUCGCGGAAAAACGGGUACCUCGGCGUGAACAUCAGCGCGUGGUCUUCUCCAUCAUCACCAUCUUUUGGAGCGAAGCUUGAACUCUCAAUCGCCAGAGACUGUGGAAAUAAAGGAAAGGAAAUCCAUGGGUUCGCAGAGUAGCGUUCCGUGAGCUUGGGAAUAUAUGUCGCAUUAAAAAAAACCGAACAGCGUCACGGAAAAUCACGGAAUUCCGCACCAAUCUGUGCACAAGGCUUUAGGCUACAAAGCAGUGGGGAAAUAGGCCUUCUGACAUGGCUGACAACGAAGAAGGUUCUGGGCUCCAAAAAUCUCCCCAUGAUCCCGAUUCAAAGGAUUUACACGAGAGUAAAGCGGAGAAGCAAAAUGGAAGUUCCAGCAAAUCUCCAUCAUCCCAAACAACUUACAUUCAACAGGGAAUGGAGGGAAUAAAAGUUUACUUACACGAACGUGAGUUGUGGAUGAAAUUCCAUGAAGUAGGCACGGAAAUGAUCAUCACCAAAGCAGGGAGGCGAAUGUUCCCGAGCUUCAAAGUGAAGGUCACUGGACUGAACCCCAAAACGAAAUACAUUCUUCUGAUGGAUGUCGUGCCAGCGGACGACCACCGCUAUAAAUUCGCCGAUAAUAAAUGGUCAGUGACAGGAAAGGCAGAACCCGCAAUGCCCGGCAGGCUCUAUGUGCAUCCCGACUCUCCAGCCACAGGCGCGCACUGGAUGCGACAGCUCGUCUCCUUCCAGAAACUCAAACUCACCAACAACCAUCUCGAUCCUUUUGGACAUAUCAUUUUGAACUCUAUGCAUAAAUACCAACCGAGGAUCCACAUUGUAAAGGCGGAUGAAAAUAACGGGUUCGGCUCCAAAAACACCGCCUUCUGCACUCAUGUGUUCCCCGAAACCUCGUUCAUUGCGGUCACGUCUUACCAGAACCACAAGAUUACUCAGCUAAAGAUUGAGAACAAUCCUUUUGCAAAGGGCUUUCGUGGCAGUGAUGAUAUGGAACUGCACCGCAUGUCGAGAAUGCAGAGCACUAAGGAGUAUCCAGUGGUUCCUCGAAGUACAGUACGUCAAAGAGUGGGCACCAGUCAAAGUCCCUUUAGCGGCGACAUUCAGGGGAUGCCUACACCCAGCAGCAUGAGCUCUCAGUACUCCUGUGAGAACGGAGUUACCAGCACCUCCCAGGAUCUUCUGCCUCAGUCCAGCUCCUACCCACUACCCCAUGAGCACAGCCAAGACUAUCACUGCAUCAAGAGAAAAGUUGAGGAUGACUGUCACACAGAUCACUCCUACAAGAAGGCCUACAUGGAGAGCUCAUCUAGCGAAGAUGACCAUUACUACCGCCCUGUCAGCUAUUCUCAAACGCUGGGCCUUUCCACUGCCCCUUAUCGGACCGAGUCUGGACAGCGGCAGGCGUGCAUGUACGCCAGUGCUUCACAAGCCAGCGAGGCUGUUCCGAGCCUGGAAGACAUCAGCUGCAACACCUGGGCCGGCGUCUCCCCUUACAGCAGUUGUUCCAUGCAACCUAUGGAGCGGCUGCCCUACCAGCACUUCUCCGCCCAUUUCACCUCCAGCCCUCUAGUGUCCAGGUUGAGUGGAGUGGCCGGCCACGCCUCACCACAACUGGGUGAUGCCCACGCUAUGUACCAGGGCUCGAUGCCCCACCAGACUCUCGCCCGUCAGUGUAGCCCUGGAGCAGGAAUCCAGUCACCCAGUGCUAGCCUGCAGGGGAAUGAGUACUUGUACACUCACGGUAUUCCUCGCACUCUAUCGCCCCACCAGUAUCACGCUGUCCACAGUGUAAGCAUCAUGCCUGAAUGGAAUGAGGGCAGCUAACUGGAUUCUCAUACACUACAUAAAAUGUUGGAAUUGCACACACAAAGGCAUAUGUGUAUAUUUAUAUUUUGAAGCUCUUCACCACACCGGCAGUCAUGUGAUCUUGUCAUCGAUUUUGGACACAGAUGUUGUAGCCGACUGCUUGGAUAGAUCAUAAUUUGCUUCAAAUAGCAAUAAAUGUCUGAGCAGUCGUGUGAAUGUUGUAGUACAAGGCAGGAAAACAGAUUUAUUCAUACUAUGGGAAGUUUUUUUUUUUUACCAUGUUCUGUAAAUUGUAUAUUGUAUUCUGUAAAUCGGUGCUGAAGAUAUGCCACGUAAUUACGGUUCAUUUUUAAUCAGAGGACGCACUUGGGACUGCCCCGAUUUUAUAUACUUUUUAAAACAAAAUGGAAAUAGAAAAGUCCAUUUUUAUAGUAUUUUUCCUCUUGAUGUUUGUGUUAUGUUUUGUUUUUGUACUCUGAAAUCCAAGAGAAGUCCUUAAGAUGUAGUGUUUAGUCCAUGUUCCACCAUUUGUACAAGUCUCAGAAGCUUUUAUCAGUACACACAUUCAUGUCAAAUUCACAAAUUCUGUUUGGAGUGCUGACAUUUAAUGGGUGCAGAUAAAUGCACUAAGUAGUUUUACACAUUCAAGGUUACGGUACAAAUUUGUCGGAUGUAUAAAUCAAUUACUAUGCUCGAGUAGCUGUUGCAAAAAAAUAUUUUCAACAGUUGCUUCAUAAUAGCAAAGGCACAUCUGCAAGGCAUAGAGAGAUGCCAUGUACCACAUGCUACACCCUGUGAUCUCUUUUUAAUGGAUUAGUUAAUUACUUUUUAAUAGCACUAUUAUAGCUAAUGCUAGCUGUCGUGGGCCAGUUGGUCCCUUCUAACAAAGUUGUUUGAAAAAAGGUACAAAUCCUUUUAUAAAGACUCACCAUUCAGUACUUGGAUCUACAUGCACCCAACAAUGAAGAAGACACAGAUGUCAAAAUGGCAUUUCCAAAAUAAUCUUCACAUUAUGAAAGAAAAAAAUUAAUAAAAACCCAAGUUUUUCUGUUAGUUAAAGGUGAAUGUCCCUAGGGAAUAAUGGUGUACAGUCACUACAUUUCUUCCUGUUAAUAGUAUUUAUUUUUCAUUAUUAUGAAGCCUAUCAGUGUUUUAUCUGCAAUAUUUGUUUGUUUGUCUUUUCUAGUAUGUAAGUUUAACUCAGAUUCUUCUCUUUUCUUUAGGAAAAAAAACAGACUGGUUUAGAAAUUCUGACACCUACUGAUAGGUGACAGAAGGACAGUUUUGAGAAACAGUAUAAAAAGAAUUUGUAAAUAAAAAUACAAAUGUACAUAGAAAACAGAAUGGAAAUAAAUCUAAAUGGUGUACUUUGAA